AUGGAUAACACACUUCUGAAUAAGUUUUAUGAUGAUCAUGUGAAAAUGAUUAAAAACGAGACAAGUCAAAACAUAGAGAUAGUUAUACCUAUUGUCAAGGAUAUUCUUCAGUAUGUUCACACCAAGGACAGACGUUUUAAAAGUCAGCCAAUCAAUGUCGGAAGUUAUUACACACAUUUAAAAGUGUCGAGAGCGGAUGAAUUCGACUUCAGCGUUGUUUUAGAUACCCCGCAAUUAGAUUGGUGCAGAGAUGAUUCGGAUCAUAAAUAUGGAUUUGAUAAGAAAAAUGAAAUAGUCAGAAAACAGUUGACAUUACCAGACCCACCAAUCGGAAAAGGUUUUAUAUCACCAACAGGUACUAUUCGUAAGUGGAACAGAGAGGGUAUAAAUGGUGGCCCAGCUUGUCUAACUAUUGAUGACGACAUCAUACCAAUUUUUGUAAAAAGCAGAUUUAAAUCGCUUGUUGGCAGAGCCGUCGAAGAUCAACCAAAUAUUCGCAAAUAUGUUAAUGCCAAACGGUUGUCGGAAUCACCAGCGACAACGCUCACAAUAACUCAUCCGCAAAUUGCAGGCGAUUCCGUUAGCGUAGAUCUAACGCCUAUGAUAGAAUCCUCCUCACGUUUUAGAAAAACAUUUGGAUGGCCAAGACCUACAUCGCAGUGGCCUUCAGAGAAAAAAGUUGAAAAAUUAAGAUCCAUUGGAGUGAAUGAUAUUGCAAAAGAUGCAUUUUAUUGGACAUAUUCGUUUGCAAGUUGUGAAAAGGAAUUGUUGGAAGGAAUUGAUACCAAAGAAACUUGCCGGAAAAAAUCGCAAAAAAUAAUGAAAAAACUAAAAGAAUCGUGGUGUCCAGAAGGAAUUAGAAAAGGGUUGACAUCUUAUCAUUUGAAUUACACCCCAGCUCUAUUGUUAUACUUCAAAGUUUCUAUUUUUGAAACACGAGUAAAUUGA